GUUUUAACUUUUAUAUAUUAGUUGAUAUUGAUAGCUCAAAUCUCAAUCGCAAUUUUUAAAUAAUUUAUUUACAAACUAUUAAAUAGCUUUAAAGUUAUUAGUUACUAGAUGUAAUAUUUACUCCAACGAGCUCAAUCGCACCAUAAGUCAUAACCUAGUCGAGGCGUUUAUUUUAUUCCACUUGUGUCUUGCACUUUGCAGUAGGCAGAUAUUCUUUGCAGUAUAGUUUUUUUUUAAGUUUUAAGUUGGACGCUCGCGGCACACUUAUCACUUCAGUAUAUAUCUAAGUUACAUUACGGUUGGACGUUUCUUGUGUAAUGUGUUGUGAGUGUUGAAUGUUUAUCGACAAAUUAUUUGGUAGAAUAUAAUUCAUCGCUUCGACAAAAAUAAAUGGCAAGUCAUAACAGGCAGCCAAUUCGAAACAUGACGGGUUUAUAAUAGCUGUGGCAUUAUUUGUUUGAACUAAACAAUUAUUAUUAUUAGUGAUUUAAUUAUAAACAAUUAUUAUCGAAAAUGGAAUCAGCAACUGUGGCGGGAAUUAUUCCCGAAUAUUUAUAUACAAUCGUGGAUGAGUUAGAUGAACAUCCUUGGCUUUUUGCCGCAUUGGCAUCGAUGCUAGUUGGAUUGAGUGGAAUUCUGCCACUCUUCAUCAUCCCAAUUGAUGAUACAGCGUCAUUCAAGGACGGAGCCGGCGCGAGCACGCUGCGGGUGUUACUCAGCUUCGCGGUGGGUGGCCUGCUGGGAGACGUGUUCCUGCACCUGCUGCCAGAGGCCUGGCACCACGACCUGCAAAGCUUGCGCGCUGAAGAGGGCGGGCAAGGUCGGGGCCACGUGUCCAUGAAAUGCGGCCUCUGGUGUCUCUUCGGGAUGCUGGUGUUCAUCGUCGUGGAGAAGCUAUUCGCUGCCAGCGAGGGGGAGGACGCGCAGGAGGACACGGGCGGCUCCAUCAAGCACAUCGAGAUAGAAGAGAUAGAGAAGCUGUUAGAGAAGGAGAGGAAGCAGCGUGGGGAGGCGGCCGUGUGCGGGAACGGCACGAGGUCGGCGCGGGAACUGUACGACUCCUGCGUGUUCAAUAAUAACACUAAAGGCGAAGGCGCGUGCUGCGGCGCGGCAGGUGGACGAGGGGAGGAGGUGCGGUGCGGUGGGGGGACAGGUGGCUCCCGUUGGAUGGGCCGCUGUCUGCUGCGGGAGGCCCGGGAGAAGGCGCUCCAGGCCACCAAGAAGACUGACAAGAAGGACGUGGCGGGGUAUCUGAACCUUAUGGCAAACUCGAUUGACAACUUCACGCACGGCCUGGCGGUGGGGGGCUCCUUCCUGGUGGGAUUCCGAGUGGGCUUGCUGACCACCUUCGCUAUACUAGUGCACGAGAUUCCGCACGAGGUGGGUGACUUCGCCAUCCUGCUGAAGAGCGGCUUCUCACGCUGGGAGGCGGCCAAGGCGCAACUGGCGACGGCGUCGGCCGGCCUCGUCGGAGCCAUGACGGCAGUGGUCUUCAGCGGCGCCAGUAACGCGAUAGAGGCGCGAACGUCGUGGAUCACACCGUUCACGGCGGGAGGCUUCCUGCACAUCGCGCUGGUGACGGUGCUACCCGACCUGCUGCGGGAGACGGACCGGGCGCAGUCGCUGCGGCACUUGGCAGCGCUGCUCACCGGCAUAGCGCUCAUGGCGGCGAUGAGCAGGUACUGCUAGUGAAAUGGGGCGCGACACGUGCAAGAGCCAUUAUCAGGGAGGAGGUCGUCAUUCAAACUGAAAGCAAUACAUACCAGGUGAAGUGGAGGGGAAAUAACCCUGGGGGGUGCAGCCGAACUGACAAGCUCCCUGCCCGACAUUCUUUUGAUGAGUUAUGUAUUAGUUUCAGUAGCCAUACUCCAGUUUAGAUAGUUACAGAUAGUUUAAUGCAAAAGUAAUUGUCAAAUCGAUUUUCUUACAUCGCUGUGGAAUGUAUACAAUAUAUAUACACACUAUGUAAAAAAAACCUGUACGAUAAUUGACACAGAUAUGAACCUGAACUGAAUUCGGUCCAAUGGCGUAAAACGAGCAUCUAUCGAGCUGCGCGGCGCGGCGGCUCAAACGAAUAAGGCGGGCGAUGUUUAUUAUGGAUACAAAACUUUCGUUUUUGCAGCGGCCCUUCGCAAGGUUCAUGAAUGAAAUGGGUAUGUGGGCGGGGAAAAACUAAAAUGGCCUCAGUCAGAGAUGUCCAAACUUUAUUAAUUGGCUACGUUAAUAAUCGUUUUUCUUCUUCUAAUUAUUUACCAGUAGGAGGCUCCUGUAGCUAGUGAAAUUACUGGGCAAAUGAGACUUAACAUCUUAUGUCUCAAGGUGACGAGCGCAAUUGUUGUGCCGCUCAGAUUUUUUGGGUUUUUCAAUAAUCCUGAGCGGUACUUCAUUGUAUUGGGCAGGACGUAUAAAUAACCAUCAGUUGAACGUCCUGCUCGCCUCGUUCCUUAUUGUCAUAAAAAAAAACUUUACUUUUUUUAAAUUUGUUUAUUUCCUGAGAAUCUAUAUUUAUUUGUUCUCACUACUUGAUACCAAUAUACGCCUCAAGAUAUAGUACAGGUUUUUUUAAUCUAUAUGUAUAUAUAAGAGAUUUCACGAUAUCUCUGGAACCAUUAGAGCUAAAGACUUGAAAUUUGGUAGGAAUAUUCUUUUCGCCGAGUAGAGGUCAGCUAAGAACGGAUUUUUACGAAAAUCCACCCGAACGAGGUUUUUUUUAAAAUGAACAGAACAACGUCUGUCGGGUCUGCUAGUAUUUUAUAUUUGUAAAUAUUAGCUAUCGUCGCGGUCUUGAAACAAUUACUAUGCUAUAAGUAUUUGCGAAGUGAAAUAUCUAUAUUGACAAUGCUGCUCUCCCACACAUACGUUGCGCAAAUAUCAUGCCUACAGACAUACAAAUCACCCUACAGUAACUACAAACUAUGAAAACCAAACAACGCGACGCGAACAAAAGUAUUAUACGAUAUGAAUUUUAGAUUUUAACGUUAGUGUUAAGAAAAUAAUAACGUUUGAUAUUGUAAAUGAUACAGAUAAAACUGAAAACAAAAUUUUAUGAACGAUACGGGACUCGAACCCGUGACCUCUCGCUUUUCGUGCGAGCGCUCUUUCCAAUUGAGCCAAAUGAGCAAGAGCGACGUCUCAAGUCAAUUUCCUAAUAACAUACAAAAAUUUGUGGUUGAGCAGGUUAUCGACUGUAAAGUAGAUUCUGUACAUGAAGCCACAACCUGAGAGUUGAACAAAGCAUACAAGAUUUUAUAACGAUACGUCACUCGAACGGUUGGCUCAGGCGGAAGAGCGCUCGCACAGAACGCGUGAGUACACGGGUUCGAGUCCUGCAACGUUCAUAUAAUUUUGUUUUCAGUUUUAUUUGUGUAAAUUAUCCCAGAAGUGAGGAUUAUCACUUGAAAACAUAACAAAUUGUUUAGAUUGUAAAUGAUGCCAUGUAGCUUAAGUAGAAAACUAUUAUACAGGGCGAUCUGCCUUUGUCAUAUCGUGAGAUGUUAAAGCGACCCCCUUUGUAAAUACUUCUGUCCACGGAUCUAUUGACACCUCGUCAUCAAAAGGGGUUCCCCGGUCGUCGUAGUAUGCAGCUCUGGAUGUGAGCACGAAGUAUCGAAGUUGUGUCCGUAUAAAGUAGUUGAGUGUAAAUACAGUCGUUGCGGGCGGUGACACGAGACAGCGAACAGUUCUAAUAAUGUUUAAAAUAAUAAUAUUACUGUUGGUGUUUCAUUUGAGUUUAAGUUCAAUGUUUCAACCACGACGGGUGGGUGUGUGAUGCUGGGGUCGACCGCUUCGCACCAGAGACAGGGUUUUGAUCCGCAACGGUCCAGCUUGUAAAGUUUGAGCAUAUAAUGUGUAAUGCAGCCUAGCGAAACUCUAAGAAAAAAUCGAUUCACUCGAUUGUAUGAAACGUGCAGUCAUUGAUAGAUUGACAGAUGACGGCUAUAAUCUUGUAAAAAAAGAAGAUAGCCGAAAUCCACUAGGUUUUAUGCAACUGUUCACUUUAAAACUUAGCCGGAUUAUACUUCGUGGCCAAUCGCGAUACUGUUUCAAACUUAUGCCAAAUAACUGGACGAUGCAAUGUUCCAUAUUUCAGUUUAGUUGUAUCAUGUCUGUAAUACAGUUAAUUAUGAGACAGACUGCCUCAGCGGAUGUUCAACCAUCCCGUUCUUCUGCGUGUUUUUCAUCAGUGGUUAUAUCGAGAGCUGAUCGUUCUACCUGCCGACUCGAGAUCAUACAAUAUAACGUAACAACCCUGUUACGUUCUCGAAGGAGUAUUGGGCGGUACGCGGUACUCCACUGAGGGUUAUAAUUCACAAGUAACCACAUAGCAGUGCCUCAUACAUCGAUUACUCAAGAAAUUUUAGAAUACCUAGAAUAUAAAUUACCAUUGUGAGGCUCCUUUGCACAGGAUGCCGGCUAGCUUAUGACACGGCGCCUAUUUCUGCCGUGACACAAUAAUGUGUCAACAUUAUUCGUAGUUAUCGGUCUGAAGGGCGCCGUAGCUAGUGAAAUUACUGCUCAAAUGAGACGAGCUCAAUUCUAGUGCCGCUAAGAAUUUUUGAGUUUUUUCAAGAAUCCCGAGCGACACUGCAUUGUAAUUGGCAGGGUGUAUCAAUUACCAUCAGCUGAACGCCCUGCUCAUCUUGUCCCUUAUUUUCAUAAAAAAGCUAUCUAUUCAGGCGAUGGUCGUGUGCAAAAUAAUGUAUGUUAUAUGCGGGUCGGUCCAUGUCACCGCAACAAUUACCAACCACCGCACCAAGACCACUGCAUGUUGGAUCUUCUCUUGUGAGGUGCGUGACUGUCCAGCGGGCUACAGGUGAUCAACUGACAGUAUAGAGACCUCACCUCUGUAUAUUGUGGAACACGGCCGAUGUCUGUUCAGAUCUCUAAGGUUCUAAGGAAUCUCUGUAAGGUUAUCACUUCACCUGACCUCAUAAUCAAAGAGGAUGUAAAUACUAUGUAUUAAGAGGGGGGAUUGCCUUAGUAAAAAUUGAAAUUUAGCUUAGAAUAAACGUGCAGUGAUUUAAUGUAGUAGUUAUUACAAUAUGGUCACGAAGUACAAUCCGGCUAAGUUUGAAAGCGAACAGUUUUUUACAAGAUUAUAGCCAUCAUCUGUCAAUCUGUCAAUGACUGCACGUUUCAUACAAUCGAGUGAAUCGCUUUUUUCUUAGGCGAGUUUCGCUAGGCUGUCAUAAUCCACAUUUUAUGUCAUCCCUCAAUCGAUACUGAAUGUACCACUUUUCAAAAUGUUAAAUCUCUUCAAAAUUUGCACAUUUACUUGUUCAUCUCACAUAAAAAUUUAAUUAGAUCACCAAAAAAGUCCAUCGAUAGGUUAUUGAUAUGUCAAAAGCAGGAAAUAGUAUUAAAAUCUUAGAUUAAGGAUUGGUCUCUGCUGCGUACACCAACUAGAUACCGCAGGAGUAGUCGUAAAGUGCGGCAACUAAUACCUCUCCCAAGUGGGCGUACUCGAGUCAGACUCGAACAAUCUGUGACGUUGACGUGCCACAUGUUCUGUUAAACUUUGCUAAUAAUUGAAACUAAAAUGCCGGGUUGCGUCGUAAAACUUGGUAAAAUUUAACUACAAGAAAUAAGAAAGACACUGGGAGCACAUAUCAUCAGUAAAUAUUUUGUAAUUUAUUAAUUUCAAUGUAAAAAUAACACGAAGCGUAUGUUACAAAAUUUUAAAGAUGCCAUUGAGUGUCAACAUGCCACGCACACAAGCAUCUAAUAGUUGCCGUAAUAAAAAAAAAACUAUUGUUCUUAGCUAGUGCGGUAUCUAGUUGGAGCGCAGCGGAGACCAAUCCUUAAUCUAAGAUUAAAAUAUAAGUGUCGGAUUGCGAUCGGCCGACGCGGGACGCCUCGUGACGUUGUAGUCAGCCAUUUUGUGUAAGUCAUUACUAUGAUUGUGAUAUAUAAUAUGAUAUUAUGGCCAUUUGUAAAGUAUUGUAUGUAAUUAUGUUAAUUAUUAAAUGUUUAUUGAAUUUUAUAAA